AUGGGGAUCGGCCUGGACAAGCUACGCCCCAGCAUGUCACUGUUUCACAGUGUUGUGCCGGGGAAGCGAGUCCAGCCCCUCGGGCAGAUCAACCUGCCCAUCUGCUUCGGCACGCCGGCCAACUUCCACAAGGAAAUGCUCACCUUCGAUGUGGUGGGGUUCCAUGUGAUGUACCACGCCAUUCUGGGACGACCGUAUUACGCUAAGUUCAUGGUGGUCCCCAACUACACUUACCUCAAGAUGAAGAUGCCAGGUCCGAAGGGCGUGAUCACUGUCUGCCCAUCGUUCGACCAGGCCUAUGAGUGCAACGUCGAAUGCGUUGAGCACGCCGAGGCCCUGGCAGAGGAUGAGGCCCUUGCCGCUGACUUGGAGAAGAUGGCGAACGAAGCCAUGAACUCCACGCACUAA